AUUAAUUUAGGUGCUAUACGAAAUGUCAUGUUGAAAGUUGUAAACGAUCAAAUGAGCAUAAACAUAACUAUUCAACUCCUUUAAAAUUAGUCGGAAAAGUAAAGCAGAUUCCGAUGUCGGAGAACCAGAGUCAACAUCACAAAUCUCCAGUGGUGGAGAGAAGGAAAGUGUUUAUAGAGAACAGCCAUGGUGAGAAGCUAGUCGGAAUGCUGCACGAGACGGGGUCGAGUGAGCUCGUAGUUAUAUGCCAUGGAUUCCGGUCCACGAAGGAUCGGAUUCCUAUGGUGAAUCUUGCUUUUGCUUUCGAGAGAGAGGGGAUCAGCGCCUUCCGCUUUGAUUUUGCUGGCAAUGGGGAAAGUGAGGGUUCGUUCCAAUAUGGAAAUUACCGUAGAGAGGCUGAGGAUCUAUAUGCAGUAGUCAAGCAUUUCAAGGCUGAGCAGCGUUGCAUAGUGGCCGUUGUUGGGCAUAGUAAAGGAGGGAAUGCUGUUCUGUUGUAUGCCUCAAAGUACCAUGACGUUCAAACAGUCGUCAACAUAGCCGGACGCUUUGAUCUGAGACAAGGGAUUGAAGGUCGCUUGGGGAGAGACUUCCAAGAAAAGAUCAAGCAAUGUGGAUUCAUCGACGUGAAGAACAGGAAAGGGAAAACUGAAUAUCGGGUGAUGGAGGCGAGCUUGAAGGACCGUCUGGAGACGGACAAUCGUGCUGUGUGUCAAUCUAUCCCUCCAGACUGCAGCGUGCUAACGAUACACGGCACAUUAGACGAAAAGGUUCCGGUGGAAGAUGCAUCGGAGUUUGCCAAAAACAUUCAAAAUCAUAAUCUUUGUAUAGUUGAAGGAGCCGAUCAUGAAUUCACCAAGCAUCAAUCUCGGCUCAACGACAUCGUGUUGCGUUUCGUGCUGACACGUCUCCGAUCCUCCCGGCUCUAAUCUCUGCUUAUAUGUAACGUUACAUCGUUUGAUGUUUCAAACAAUCUAUCCAUACAUUGUCUUGAAAUGAAAAAAGUUGAUAGGUAGGUUUCCUCAA